UUCAUAGACAUGAGCCCCACACCUUGUUCCCGCCCCUCUCUCCUGAGCCAAUGACAUGCCAGCCUUCACAUGACUGACGCACCAUGUAGCCAAUGAAAUUUAAAAUCUAUUAACACCUACAGAGCCUUUAAAUACAUGAGGAAGAAACAGAAGAAGACGUGUUGAGCAAGAUGCUUUUUUGAGAAACAGUUUCCUGUUCUCAGCCUACGUGGAGCGAGAAGUCGCACAUUAUCCUGUGAACUCAUCAAUCAUGUCAGUCGGUAUGAGAGUGAACACCUACAGCCGCCUGCUGCUGUUUGUCCUGGGCUGCAGCGUCAGCGCAGCAAUAAAACAUGAAAUAAUCGAGGAAAAGAAGUUAGCCGCUCUGCCUUGUCCUCACGCUGUGGAAGAUAAAGUGACGUGGAGCAGAGAGACGAACGGAACCAGAGCUGAUAUUCUUACAGUUGAUGGUGACAGGGAGGAGAAACACAUUAAAAAUGGAAGAUUCAGUUCAGUGGCAGAUCCUUUUAAAUCCCUUUACAUUAGCAGUGUUACCAUCUCAGACUCUGGAAGAUACUUCUGUAAUGACGAAGCAGCGGCGGAGCUGACGGUGAUCCCACCAGGAACAACCAGACGCUCUGCUGAAGUAAAAACCAGCAUCGAUCUCAAAUGUCUGCCUGAGUUCACUGGGUCACGUGUUCCAAAGUGGACCAGACAGAAGAGUGGAACAAACAUCACUGUUUACCCUCAGAAUAAUGAAGUACAGCACAUGACACGCUUUCUCUAUUCAAAAGAAGAAAAGAUGUUGACUAUAACACAAGUGCAGCGUGAUGACGCUGGACUGUACUACUGUGAUGGAAAACCUGUUUUGUAUCUGGAUGUGAUGGAGGAUGAGCAGUCUGACGCCGACAGAAGUGAAGGAAGAGCUGCUGUGUUGGUCCCUGCAGUGCUCCUCCCCCUCCUCCUCAUCAUGGUCAUCAUCAUCUUCAUCACUUGGAGAUGCAGCAUCAGAAGACGAGGAGGAGGACGUGAACAAACGGUCGAGGUCGUCUAUGCUGAGACAUCGAAUAUUCCUGCGUUUGAAUCAGCACAUGACGGAUCAAACCAAGAGGUCAUGUACUCCGUCAUCCAGGACCUUCCGCCGCCACGAAACGUGAUACUUCAGCCCAAUGAGACUGUGUAUUCUCAGGUCAGCUACAGUGUCAUCAGGAGUGAAGAAAAUCCUCAGGACCAAAUAAAGAACACGUCGUCACCUUCAACCAAGAACUUGACUCAAUAAAUGUGUUGUUUGUGCAGUUUAAUAAUUUGUGUUUCUGUUGAGCCUUUACUUAAUAAAAUCACAUGUAACUAUCA